GGCUCGCUUAGAGUUGAUCCUGAAUGGAAGUGGCGCGCCGCUGUUGACAUUACCCGGGUCCGGGCGGUUGGGGUUCGGACGCCGGCCGGGAUUCGGGUACCUCGGACCUCGGGAGCAGAGCGGAGCGCGAGGAGGCGGCGGUGGCGGCGGCGCGGCGAGCGUUGGUGGAGGGGGCGGCUGUGCACGGCCCCAAGACAUGGCUCACAACAAGAUUCCCCCGCGGUGGCUAAACUGUCCGCGGCGCGGCCAGCCGGUGGCAGGAAGAUUUUUACCUCUGAAGACAAUGUUAGGACCAAGAUAUGACAGUCAAGUUGCUGAAGAAAAUCGGUUCCAUCCCAGUAUGCUUUCAAAUUAUCUGAAGAGUCUGAAGGUUAAAAUGGGCUUGUUGGUGGACCUGACAAAUACUUCAAGAUUCUAUGACAGAAAUGACAUAGAAAAAGAAGGAAUCAAAUAUAUAAAACUUCAGUGUAAAGGACAUGGCGAGUGCCCUACAACGGAGAAUACCGAGACAUUUAUUCGUCUAUGUGAGCGGUUUAAUGAAAGAAACCCGCCUGAACUUAUAGGUGUUCAUUGUACCCAUGGUUUCAAUCGCACUGGUUUCCUCAUAUGUGCCUUCUUGGUGGAGAAAAUGGAUUGGAGUAUUGAAGCAGCAGUUGCUACUUUUGCUCAAGCCAGACCACCGGGAAUUUAUAAGGGUGAUUAUUUGAAAGAACUUUUUCGUCGCUAUGGUGAUAUAGAGGAAGCACCACCCCCACCUCUAUUGCCAGAUUGGUGUUUUGAGGAUGAUGAAGAUGAAGAUGAGGACGAGGAUGGAAAAAAGGAAUCAGAACCUGGGUCGAGUGCCUCCUUUGGCAAAAGGAGAAAAGAACGUUUAAAACUGGGUGCUAUUUUUUUGGAAGGCGUAACUGUUAAAGGUGUAACUCAAGUAACAACUCAACCAAAGUUAGGAGAGGUACAACAGAAGUGUCAUCAAUUCUGUGGCUGGGAAGGGUCUGGAUUCCCUGGAGCACAGCCUAUUUCCAUGGACAAACAAAAUAUUAAACUUUUGGAGCAGAAGCCAUAUAAAGUAAGCUGGAAAGCAGAUGGUACGCGGUAUAUGAUGUUGAUUGAUGGCACAAAUGAAGUUUUUAUGAUUGAUAGAGAUAAUUCAGUGUUUCAUGUUUCAAAUCUGGAAUUUCCAUUUCGUAAAGAUCUCUGCAUGCAUUUAUCAAAUACUCUCCUAGAUGGGGAAAUGAUUAUUGACAGAGUAAAUGGACAGGCUGUUCCUAGAUACUUGAUAUACGACAUAAUUAAAUUCAAUGCACAGCCGGUUGGAGAUUGUAAUUUUAAUAUUCGUCUGCAGUGUAUAGAACGAGAAAUAAUAAACCCUCGACAUGAUAAAAUGAAGACGGGGCUCAUUGACAAAACACAGGAACCAUUUGGUGUCAGAAAUAAGCCAUUUUUUGACAUCCAUGCUUCAAGAAAGCUACUUGAAGGAAAUUUUGCCAAAGAAGUCAGCCAUGAAAUGGAUGGUCUCAUUUUCCAGCCCACUGGAAAAUAUAAACCUGGUCGAUGUGAUGAUAUUUUGAAAUGGAAGCCUCCCAGUUUGAAUUCUGUGGAUUUUCGCCUAAAGAUAACAAGAAUGGGAGGAGAAGGGUUACUUCCUCAGAAUGUUGGCCUUCUCUAUGUUGGAGGUUAUGAAAGACCCUUUGCACAAAUCAAGGUGACAAAAGAGCUAAAACAGUAUGACAACAAAAUUAUAGAAUGCAAAUUCGAGAACAACAGCUGGGUCUUUAUGAGACAGAGAACAGACAAAAGUUUCCCUAAUGCCUACAACACUGCCUUAGCCGUGUGCAACAGCAUCUCAAACCCUGUCACCAAGGAGAUGCUGUUUGAGUUCAUCAACAGAUGUGCGGCAGCUUCUCAAGGACAGAAGCGAAAGCGUCAUCAUCUGGACCCGGAAACGGAGCUCAUGCCUCCACCACCUCCCAAAAGACGUUUGACUGAAAGACCUGCCUCUGACUUCAGGAUUGAGAGGAAAGAUGAGUGAGGAAAAGUGCUGUUGCCCCAUUUUCUUUGCGACCAGAGAAA